AAAUUGACUAUAGUGAUAAGAUGAUUUUUAAAUCAAAACUCCCGGAUAUCGAAAUUCCACCUGUCGGAGUCUAUCAAUUCAUAACGAGUAAUCCUAAUAAUAUUUCUGACGAUAAAGUUAUAUUUAUUGAUGGGAUAACGGAUAAAAGGAUAACUUUUGGAGAAUUUAAAAGUGAAACAAGGAAAUUUGCCGCGGGAUUACAUGACAAAGUGGGAUUUAGGCCGGGUGAUGUUUUGUCGAUUGUUUCUCCCAACCAGUUUGAUUAUCCCAUUGUAUUAUUUGGAGCAAUUGCCGCUGGUGGCAUAGUGUCUCCCGUGAAUCCGACAUAUAAUGUCGCUGAAGUAUCAUUCCAACUUUCCAACUCUGGUGCCUCCGUUGUUGUAUCACAUCCUCUCGCCCUUCCUGCAGUCGUUAAAGCUGCUACCGAGGCUGGAAUUCCUCAUUCUAAAAUAUUUGUAUUCGGAGACAAAGAGAUUGACGGUCUCCAACCCUACAGGAGUUCAGGAACUACCGGGAAAAGCAAAGGCGUUGAAACUACUCACACCAACAUGGUUGCAAACGCAUCACAGAUGAUUUCGUUUGAAAAGAAUCUCAAUAAAAACGACGUUUUCGUGGUACAAGAUUACAAGAUUAGCUAUGCAAACCUCGUACCCCCAAUAGUGUUACUAUUAGCUAAAAAGCCAAUUGUUAAAGAAUAUGAUUUGUCAAGUUUACGAACGAUAGUUAGUGGUGCUGCACCGCUUAGUAAAUCAUUAAUGGAUGAUUUAUAUAAUAUUCAUAAGAUUUCCAUCAAGGAAGGAUAUGAAUUAGGGUAUAAUGAACGUGGAGAAUUGUGCGUUCGGGGUCCUAACAUAAUGAAGGGAUAUCUAAACAAUAAAGCCGCAACUGAUGCGGCAAUUGACAAAGAUGGAUUUUUCCACACAGGAGAUGUCGCUAUUAUGGAUGAGCAAGGGAACUUGUAUAUUGUCGAUCGGGUCAAGGAGUUAAUAAAAUAUAAGGGCUUUCAGGUUCCUCCUGCAGAACUGGAAGAGAUCCUGAUUUCACACCAAGCAGUGUUGGAUGCCGCUGUAAUUGGUGUUUAUUGUGAAGCCGAUGCCACCGAAUAUGCCUUGGCCUAUGUUGUACCCCAAACAGGCUACGAAAGGUCGCAAGAAUCAAUUCAUGAAAUAAAGGAAUAUGUUUCUAACCGAGUGGCACCACAUAAGAGGUUGAAGGAUUUGUUAUUUAUCGAUCAAAUACCAAAAAGUGCAUCUGGAAAGAUUUUAAGAAGAAUUCUUAAGGAAAAGGCUUUAGAAGA